GAAUUAUUGAAUUUAUGGAAAACUUGGGGGACUGCAAGGUUGAAGACAACUGAUGUUUGUCGGAAUCGUCGGAUAGCCCAGAAAUCCCGGAUUGGAGUGAUGUUGAGAUUCAGGAAGAUGAUGGUGUUUACCAGAGUGGUUGUUCGGACAUACUGUUUGAGCUCACACCGAAUUUGUUUGAUGGAGAUCUCAUUGAUCUCAAAGAAUUUGAAGAGGUUGGUCUGAAUAAAUCUAAAUCUUCUAAUGGAAAAGAAAAAGAUGUGAAAAAAGUUAAUAUUCAAGAUGAGACCACUGCUUCUGCUCCUUUGCAGAAGUUUACUGCCGUUGUAUCUCAGCCUGAAGAAACGAAGCUUGGAAAAGAGAUUCAAAGAAGAUGGGGAAGGAAGCAAGACAAAAUUUUAUUCAAAACAAUUAGAGAGAUGGAGAAACAGCAGAUUAUUACUCUUGAUGAGCUUCUAAAUUUGGAUCCUACUUUAACAUUUAAGGAUGAUGAGGCUAUCCAAGAGCUAUGUAUCAGGUCUAAAUGGAAUGCUCAUCCUGGUAAACUUCUAACAAGGAUACAAUCAUUGUCUAAGCAUGAGUUCUCCUUCAGAGAAAUUAAGGAAUUAAAGAAAAUUCUUAGGAGAAAAUAUAAUUAUAAGAAUAUUGAUUAUAAUGAGGCGAUCUAUGAGUUCCCUGGCAAGUCGAUGGCUGCACUCAAGAAAAUGAUUAAUCAGAUCAAGGAUUCAUUCAAGAAUCAAAGUUUAUGAGAUUUGAAGGGCAAGCGCAAGUGGAGGAAACAGAGGACUUAAGAUCUUAAUUUCGAUAAUAAGUUUAUGAUUA